AUGCAACCUAUAAACAAUAUUGUUAGUGAACACAUAUCUACCGGUUCCUCAUGUUAUAAACUUGAUCCUUUGCCAGAUUUUCAUUCCAAAGAAAUAUCAAUAAAACGUAGUCCAGAUCCAUAUCCAAACGAAUUCUGCAGUCUCAAUCCACAACACGAUGAUGACUUAUGCAAGUCUGUUUUUAAUAAUGUACGUUCUCUGGAUGAACUUGAGGCAAAUUCUGUUCAUUCUCCUGAAGAAACUUUACUCCUUACAAAUGUCAACGGCUUUUGGAAACAAGAAAAUAUCAAGUGGUCAUCAAAUAGUCCUAAAUUUUCACCUCCAACGAGUCCAUCGUUUUCAUACCAAUCUAUUUCUUCAGAUUGUCUUAGCGACGAACCUGAACACAAACCUCAACCUUUCUUACGUUCUCAUCAUGACAGCAGCUCUGAAGAAGUAAGCAGAGCUGACGAAGUGAAAGAAGAUAUGAAGUCUGUCAGAUCCACUUUUAUGCGGCAUAUGCAGUUUCCCACUAAAAUUCGCAGUCAGUGGAAGCAAAAUUUCAACAAAUCUCACAUUGUCAGAAGCAGUUUAACUUCUACAGCACGUAAGAAAGCCUUACUAGCUAAAGCAGUCAGUCGCAAGCUGAUGUAUUCACAGUUAUCUAAAUCCAUCUCUGUCCAACUAAAUCAAGAAUCUUGGCAAGUUGGAGAGCUAGUUUGGGCUCGUCCUAAUUGGCCCGAAAACUUACCUUGGUGGCCAGCCAUAGUAACUGAAAAACCGAAAAAGUACCAAGCCAAGGGUUUUGGUUUGAAGUCUACAAAUGAUUUUAAUGAUGAAACAGUGCCUACAUUUCGAGUUUGCCUUUUGGGUAUUAUUCGACCGUUAUCUUUUCUAACACUUCCACAAACUCGUUUACGAUUAUUUUCUGGUCGAGAAGAAUUCGAAUCGUUUCUUCGUCAAACUGUUUUAGAAGCAAAAGAUAAAGUUCGGGCAUUACGUCAAUUUACUGUUCACCCAAGUUUACAAUCAGCUUGGCAUCGUGCUAGAGAGGCUGCAGUGGCAGCUAAAUUGACUAAACCAGUGCCAACUGACCGAUUAGCACUGUUUCCAUGGGCAACUGAGCCUUCAUUUCGCAAACUGGAUCCACUUUCAGAAUUUGUUAGAAAAAAUACUGGAAAGUUCACCUUACACUCUAAAUCACGUAAACGUCCAUACCGAGAUGAGGCCAGUGAAGGUGGGUCAUUUUUGUCGUCAUCAUCAGAUGACUCAGCCACCUCUGUAGCAUCUGACAGUGAUAUAGAUUCUAAAGGAAGGCAUCAUCGUCCCAGUUCGUAUAUUUCUUCUUCUACAUCAACUAGUUCCAUCGGUCAUAGAAAACGGUUGAAAUUAUCAAAUGAUAGUUCAAAGAAUGAAAAAACUGGUCAACGUUGGAUAGAUUUAGCGAAUAGUUUUGAAUUUGAAAAAUUGCGUUUUGGUCAUACAACACCAAAACAUCAUUUUAUGUGUAGUGUUUGUGGUGAGUUCAAUAAUAACACCUCAGUAACAACAACCAACAGUCAUUCAACAGUAAACACUGCACAACCAAUUCUAUCCGAUGUAGCACAUACAACACAGUUAGAUUCACAGAGAAAUUGUAAUCAAGUAUCACAACAACAUGAUAAAUUAGAUGGUGUAAUUAUGCCAUGUGCUGGUUAUUGUGGAAAUUAUUUACAUUUAAAUUGUGCUCCAUAUAUAUUUUAUAGAAGUAUAAAACAAAAAAUCCCCGAUCAUAAUGGUACAGACGAUAGUAAUCAUCAAGUAAUAACAACAAUGAGUAAUAAUAAUGUAAAAGAUAUUAAAUGUUCAAUGACAAAAGAUCCAACAGCAACAUCUGUAAUAAAUAAUGAUUCACUACAACCUAAUCCAGUGUGUAAUCUCUGUUUAGCUGGAUUAAGACAAUGUUUUAUUUGUUAUCUUACCCAUCCAGAUCCUCAUCUAUUGACACUUCAAGGAUCCAGUUGUUCAGAAACUCCUUCUGUGGAUCAUGCAAUUUCAGAUUCAUCUGUUGUUGAUAAAAGUAUCUCUGAAGUAAAUAUAAAAAUUGAAGAUGAUGUUACUGAUAAUAAUUCACAUCAAAAAGAUAUUCAAUUAAUAUCAGAACCGAGUAAAUCUGAAUUACCUCGAAGUGGUGAUCAAAUGAUACGUUGUUCAGUACGAGCUUGUCGACGAUGGUAUCACCCUAGUUGUCUUCGUAAACCACCUUUUGCUGUUGUAGUCCGAGAAGGACGUUCUGGCUCAUUCACUUGUCCUGCACAUACUUGCUUAGCUUGUUCAGCUGAAACACCUGGCACUAUGCCACGACCUUCUCCUCAUUUCAUUCGUUGUGUUAUGUGUCCUGCUGCUUAUCAUCCAGGAGACUGGUGUUUACCAGCUGGCAGUAAAGAAAUUGCUCCUAAUUUAAUAAUCUGUCCACGGCAUGCAUUACAAGAUGAAUGCAAAUUGUAUACUUCACCUCCGAAUAUCCAACUUAAAUUACCAUCAUCAGGGCUGUUGAAUAUGUUUCGACCAACUAACGUAUCCUGGUGUUUUAUCUGUUCUAAAGGUGGACGUAUUAUUUGUUGUGAAAAUUGUCCAGCUUCAUUUCAUGAAGAAUGUCUUAAAAUUGACGAGGUCCCUGAUAAAUUUAUCUGUGAAGACUGUACAAACGGACGCAUGUUACGUUACGGCGAGAUUGUAUGGGCUCGUCUACCACCAAGUUUGCAGCUCUACCACCAGCGCUCUUUAAAAUUGUCUGGUGUAUAUAAUUCACAUCGUCUGUCUCCGUUUAAUUUAUCAGGAACAAUCCGUUCUAAUGAUUAUGCGUCACUUACUGCUGGUAUGUAUUGGUGGCCAGGAGAAUUAGUACAUCCAAGACAUUUACAAACAAGUCAAUGUCAUGUACAAUCUGAAAAUAAAGCUGUUACAAUUAAUUUUCAACCAACAACUAGCCCAACAUCACAUUCAUUCAACCAUAUACUUGGUUCAGUGCUUGUUCGAUUAUUUGGUUUAACUGGUCGCCUGUCUCACCGACAUUCACGUCCUGUUUAUUUAUGGACUACACGUGCUAGAUUAUUUCCAUAUGAAGAAGGUGAUGAUAAACGUGGAGCACACAGUACUAGCUCCGAUGAUGAUGAUGAUGAUGAUGACUCGACGGAACCAGAAAGAGAAGGGGAUGUUACUCAUAAAAAAUACCAUACAAAACAGCGUGCCAAUCGUAGCCGUCGUCAUAAUGACUGUGACGAUGAUGACGGAGAAGAUGAAGAUCCUUUGUUGGAAUUAAAUUCAAGCAAUUUACUUAUUGAAGAAAACAAUAAUAGCAGUGGUAAAAGUAUUAAUACAAGUUGUAAUGAAAACAGUAAUCCACUGGAAUCUCCCACUGGAUCAAUUUACAAGUCAUCCAGUCGUUUAUCUCGUAAUUUAUGCUUAAGACCACGUGCAAAUAACUGUUUAAAUGAUGAAAAUUCUGUCAAUUCAACACCAAAUCCACGUACACCACCGUCUGUAGUUAGACGAAAAAAAUUUAUAUACAAUGCUGCAUUAAAGCAAGCUGCUCGUGGUUAUCUUAAAAGACAUGAAAAAUUCUCUGAACUUCUGGGUAGAACACGACGUCCAGAUUAUUAUAAACCAAUAAAGGUAAAUUGGCCACUUGGCUCUGUUCGAGUUUAUCGUCUUACAGAUUCAAGUGAAGCUCCUCGUUGUGAAUGUAAACCAAAUUCAGAAGACCCUUGUGGACCAUCUAGUAACUGUAUUAAUCGUGAAUUGCACUAUGAAUGUUUGCCUAGUAUAUGCCCAAAUGGUGAUGCUUGUCGUAAUCAACGUUUCACAAAACGUCUUUAUCCCCCUCAACGACCCUUCUGGACUGGUGAUCAACGAGGUUGGGGAUUAAAAACUAUGAUAGCGAUUCGUGCCGGUGAAUUUGUCAAUGAGUAUAUUGGUGAUUUAAUUGAUGAAGAUGAAGCCAAUCGGCGUUUAAGAUUUGCUCAUGAAAAUAAUAUUACUAAUUAUUAUAUGAUGAAAUUAGAUAGUCAACGUAUUAUUGAUGCCGGACCGAAAGGUAAUUUAAGCCGUUUUAUGAAUCAUUCAUGUGAUCCAAAUCUGAAUACACAAAAAUGGACUGUUAAUGGAGAUAAUAGAAUUGGUUUAUUUGCUGUCAGAGAUAUAUCUGCUGGUGAAGAGUUAACAUUCAACUAUAAUUUUGUUGCAUUGGGUCAAGAACGUUUGAAUUGUCGAUGUGGUGCGUCAAAUUGUGUUGGUUUUCUUGGUGCACGUUCAGAAUCAUCGAAUAGUAAUAAUGGUAGUGGACAAGUUGGCGGUAACUCAUCUUCUAAUUAUGGUGAAUCAAAUAAUCCAUCAAAUGCUCUAACUAACACAGAUAUUAGCCGUGGAUCAUCUAAACGUCAUACCGUUCAAACAAAUCCACGCUCCAAUGAUAUUGAUAAGUGUCAUAUGAAAGAUGGACGUGAUAUAUGUUCUAGUAAAGUUUCUAAUCAUAAUCUAUUUACUACUUCACUGAUGAACAAUAACAAAAACGCUUCGAACAAUGUGAAUAACCCCUUGAAUAUGAAUAGACGUCACGAAACUAAAUGUUUCCGGUGUGGUGAAGAAGACGCUCCUAUUGGAAAGCGAUCACUAUCAUUAUUCAGUGAAACAUUGAGUCUAACGAAUUCUUCAUAUACUAAUACUACUAUUGUACCAUCAUGCUCAUUGUCAUCGAAUAAAUCUCUAAGUAAACGUGGACUAAAACGAGAACUAGAAGAUUUAGUUGCAUCAGUGAAUCAUUCACCAAACAAAAGUCAACAUGGACUCAGUUCGCCUACAUUACUCAGUCGAAAUGAAACACAAUCAUCGAUUUUUAUUAGUACUACUAAUGCUACGACCACUGAAGAUCAAACAUCGUACAAGUCAUCUGAUCUUAUUUUAUGCAGUAAACACGAUUGUUCUAAAGCUUAUCAUUUAUUCUGUCUGGAUUUAGAUACACCACCUCAAGGUCAGUGGUUUUGUCCCUGGCAUCAUUGUGAUGCAUGUGGUCGUCCUUCUCAUAUUUUCUGUUCCAUAUGUCCAUCUUCAUUUUGUCUGGCCCAUGUUGAAGGUAGUAUUGUUGUUCUGCCUCCAGUUCUACCAAAACGCAACCGUAAACCACCUAACAAUCGAUCUGAAAAUAAUGUUAUUGACCCUAUAGAAAAUAGAAAACUCCACUCUCUUCUUGCUCGAAUCGUUUGUAUGUUUCACCAUGACUUGAUAAACAAUGUUCACGAUCGACCUGUUGUAAAGAAAAAGAAGCUUAAUCCAUUAGUGUCAUCGACAUCACAUAAAUCUGAUAAGUGUGACAAUAAUGUUUGUUCUGAAAUACCACAAGAUUAUUUGGAUGGUAGUAAUAGUAGUCACUCUUCAGGAUUGAUGAUGACGAGACGUCAAAGCCUUUUGCGUCAGUCAACAAUGUCCCAAGCUAAAUAUUGCAAUGAUAUUAGUACGCCCAAUAACAACGAUAGUAAUAAUCCGACCAGUUCUUGCGGUUUAGAAACAACAAAACAAAAUGACUGUCUUUCAAAUUGUGUAAGCACAACACCAAAUCGAACUAUUGAAACCAACUAAAGGUUGGUAGAUUGAUUUCAUUUUAAUGUCUUUUUGUAUGUGUAUAAUUGUAUUACUUAUUUUCUUAAUACAAAUAAUAAAAGUUGUUGUUUAUAAUUUUCUGAUUUGAAAAGCAUAUUGUGAUGGUCGAAAUUAAAAUCAGACUCAACAUAAUUCAAUGAUGGAAACUUGUUUGUUUUAUUCUAGGAUUUAAUGCCGAUUGGAUGGUUUGUUCAUUGUAUUUUUAACCAUCUACAAGGUUAUUAACUUCACAGAUCUAUUGAAUUUAUCAACAGGUUUCGAUUCACAGAUGCGAAUAUUGUCCAAUUAACAGAUAAUACUUUGUUUUCAUUUUUAUCCAAGCUAAGAUAUUGUCUUUGAGUAAGAAUAGCUAUUUUCACCUACAUUGAUUAUAAAUUAAUGUCUGUUGUAUAUUCAAAAGUGCUCGUCUUCCUGACUUUAAAACAAUACAGUAACUGAUAAAAACUCUAUGUUAAAUCUGAUUCUUUUGAAAAUAUAAUGGUCCUUUUUGCAGCGUUCAACUGAAUGGAUAGAAAUGAUCAAGUUGUUUAGGCUAUCGUUUUAAGAUUCACCAUCUUCGUUAACAUUUAUUUAACCUUUCAAAGUUAUUGUAGAGGAUUAUUAAGAUUGCAGGAAAACGAGGUUUUUUUGUUCAGGAUUCAAAAUAUCAUUUCAAAUCUUUAUGUUAUAUGCCUUUAAUAUCUAACACACAUUUAAUAUGUGUAUAUCGUUUCACUGGACGACCGUUCAGUGCUUCCAGGUUUUCCAUGGUGGUCUAGCUUUAAUUGACUCAUGAACUGAACUAUUAAAUUACUACAAUCUCCACAAAACCCUUCCUGAUUAAAAUCUAUAAAGCAAUAACUAUUGUUAAUACUCUAAAUACUAUAUUGCACAUUGUAAACAGGAAGAGUAUAUGUUAUGAUAAAUAAGUAAGAAAGAAGAUAGUGAAGAUCAAAAACGCAUAUCAUCUUUUUACAAAUCUACUCAUUGUUAAUGAAACAGCAAUUAAAAUAAAGAUAUUAAAACAAAAAUAUUACAUUAAGAAUAAACUACCCAUUUACAUCUACAAAAGUUCAAUAUUAGACAUGUCAAUAGUGAUUACAUAAUAUGAGAUUAUUUUAUUUGUACAAAAAUGCAAACCAUAAAUAAAUAAAAUGUAAAGAAUAAGAGACAAAAUAUGAAUAGUAAACUGAAUAAAUGAACAACCCACUAAUAAUAUUUAUUAUUUAUCUUUCUAUCUCUAAAUAAAGAAAUGCUGCAUUAGAAGAUCGCUGUUUUAUAAUUCUUUUUUGUUAGGAGCCUGUAGAAGAGGACAAAGAAGGGUUGAGUAUGAGAGAGAAGGAUAAGAUAGGAAUGUUUCAAUUCAUUGCUGACUUAAUGUGACUAGGUUUACAACAAUCAACAUAAACUGUAGGGUGAUGUUUUUUCUACCAAGAAGUUAUUGAUAUCUUUAAAAAAAUGGAGGAAAUUAGUGGUCUGCUGAAGAAAGACGUUGGCAUAAUUAACUUGAGGCGAUCUACGUUUAGAUAAUUGCAGAGAUAAGCAAAUGAACAGUAACAGAACAAUGACCUCAAGGUAGACAUAAACAAUUCAGGGGGCAACAUCUUCUUUUGAAUCUUUUUUGUUGACCUGUAAUAAAUGAAUAAGCAUAAAAGACAUGUUUUUAAAUUGGCAAUAACGUUGAAAAUAUGAAUUAAAGCUGAUAAAAAUCGUCACUGUCAAAUCCGAACGAAUCAAAACUCAGACCCCAUAUGAAUUCAGAAUAUUGAUUGUUGGGUUAGUGGUUCGAAGCUAUGCUAGGGGAUGGGAAUCAACAGUGGGAGCCUUGAAACGAUGACCAGAUUUAUCUAUGCUAAUGGUAAAAGUCAUACAGAAUAGAACGGUUGACUCUGAGUUUUACCAGACUUCAAAGUACGAUUUGAAGUAGUAAUAUCAAAGUCAACUGUUAUCAAAGUAUGAAUAAAUUCAUUCUUAUUAGAGUUUACAUUAAAUUCGUUCAAUAAAACAGUAUCUUUAAAAAAUUAUGAAAGAGCAGAAAGAUAGAAUAGGUCUAAAAAAUGUGAUUUGUAUGCUUCAUAUGAUUCAAACACUGAUUACACAUUUACUUCCCAAGGUAUUUCUUCUGAAAGGUCAAAUAGAUAGUGAUAAUUGACAAUUAAUGGGAGAUAAGGUACAGCAUAAAAAUAAUUAAAAGACGUUACACUAUUCGUGGCAUUAAUAUGUUACGGACCAUCAACGUAAGUUUAAAAUGAAAACAAAAUUUUUUUGAACGCAUAAGUAAAUUUUCUUAAUACUCAAAAUCUUCACAAAGUUAAGAACCUAUACCAGUAGAACAGGUUUUUAACUUCUAUGUGGAAGGUAAAGAUUUAAAAGUCUAUCCUAAUUUGAACGUUACGAGACGUGUUCCAGUUAUAAACCGUAAUAUGAAGAGACGUGUCUGUCUAGUUUUUGUGCUCACUUGAGAAUCACACCAUCCCAGUAAAUGUCCAACCACCCUCAAGUACAUACCUCGGAUACCCCUCUAUAUUCGUGUACACACCUAUGCACAUAUGUGAACGAAGUGGAAUGUGUUUCGUAAUUGUCCACACGAUGUUUGAAAUUGUAUAAAAUUAUAGGUUCUCCCUUUGCAAUGACGAUCAGCUGGGGAACAUAAUGCCUCCACAAUGAUUUUUCUGUCUACGCUUGAAAAUUAUGGUGGUUCACUUUUUCAUGAUGUGAUAAAAACCCUACUCAGCUUAGCAAGAUAUAGUUCUGUAUACUAUUGGGUCUAUUUAACAAAGCUACAUCAAACUGUGAAUUACGUAUAGCAAAUAUAUUUUUUGCAUAUCUCUUAUACAGGGUAGCCUUGCCGAUGAGCUUCAUAGUCUGUUUUCCAACAUAUGACAAAUACCAGCUAAAAGUAAUCCUAAAUGACAAUCUUUUUGAGUAGUUAACCCCCCUUAUUUUUUAAAUAAAUCGCCCU